AUGAAACAUCUCUCUUUAUUAGGUUGUGAUUUUUUUAAAAUCGUUGUAUCAGUAAUUCUGGUUCUAUCAUUUGGUAGUUUUAUCGUUGUGAAACAUAAAGUGCGUAUAUUGCCGUUCAAAUCAGUAUCAUCGAAUUCGAUUUCAAAAGAGUAUGAAUAUAUGGAGUUAACUGUAAAAUUAAAUUUGUGGAAUUCAACACCAACUAAACUGUUAAAUCUGAGUUUAAAAAUAGAACAGCGCCGAAAUACUUUGUUGAAUGAAACACAAACAUUUUUAAAGUGUUCUAAAUUCAAUAAAACAGACAUAUUCGCGGAGAAAACCUUUGUAAAUAUCAUCACAGAGAAUGAUCCAAGUUUAAUUGAAGAAACUGAUCUUAGCAUAACCCUGGCAACUUUUUUCAAUUCAAAUAUCGAAUUGUACAAAUUCUAUGUAUUAAUAAACCCAGGUCUAAAAGCAUACAAAAUCAAAGCAAAUACGAAUAUAACACUGAUUCGAUUACCGCAUUUAGAUGUAUUACCGACAUAUACUGGACACAAACAUGAUUCGGUUCACGCAUAUCCAUUGCCACAAAUGCCUCCUAGUCAACAGUAUAGAUUAAAGGAAAUUAGUUUAUCAUUUGAUCAACCAAACAAAACUUUUCGUUCUAAUAAAACAUAUUAUGCAAAUUUUGUACCAUUUUCUGGAUUUUACACAAUAAUUUCAAAUGCUUCUAUAUGGAAACAAAUUGGACUGAUAAUAUCAUGUGGUACAGGAUUCUAUGCAACUGGGUGUGGUUAUGGAUGUUCAGCUGACAUACCCGAACAAUGUAUGCGAGACUUCCAUGAUGAUAUUGAAUCGAAUGUACGUCCACUCAGUUAUACAUCUAUUCAUAUCGAAAAAGCAAUCGUAUGCUCAUAUAUUUUAUAUCCAGUAGGUUUUUAUCAUUUAAUUCAUUCAGAUUUCGCUCGAAUAAUGAUUGCUUAUGAUCUUUUACUUGCUGAUCCGAAUAUAUUUAUAUUAAUGAAACGUAAUAAAUAUAAACAUAUUUAUAUUGAUUUAUUUGAAAUAUUCGGCAUUUCCACAAAGCGAAUAUAUUGGCUUGAUGAUCACAUUCACUACACAGUGACUUAUCUUAUUUUGCCAUCUGGAUUUACUUGUCUAAUUACGCCCUUGUCACUGUUGAAUUUACUACAUAGAAGAACACUCAUGUUAAUAAACAAAGAUAACAGAAAAGAAAUUCAGCCAUUUCGUGAUCAGUUAUUUGAAGAAGACUAUUCUAAAAUUUAUCCAAUAAUCAGUAGGCCAAACAAUAGUGAGCAACACAGUCAAGAAAUAAAUCGUUUUAAAAUUGUACGAGACGGACAUGUAAUUGUUAUUGUUCGAGAUAAUGGCACUUAUCGCAGUAUCCAAAAUCAUGAAGAUUUUAUGAUAUCGUUGUAUGGGCAUUUAAAACGAUAUUCUAUUGAAGUUGUUCAAUUUUUUGCAAAUAUUUCAUUGAUAGAUGCCAUUAAACUGUUUCACACCAGUCGUGCUGUAAUAGGCCCUCAUGGAGCUGGUUUAACAUUUCUAGCAUUUAUGCGCGCCGGAACAGCAGUUUUAGAAAUAUUACCAGAUGAUGACUCAAAAGCGUACAUACCAUGUUAUUGGAACAUUGCGAUUGCCAGGCAAAUCAAAUAUUUCAGUAUGUUGGUACCAAAUUCGAAAUAUUAUGAAAAGCCGAUGAAAUUAAACAUAACAAUCGCAAUGGAAUUAGUUCACGAAAUGAUGAGAGAAAGAUUAAAUGAUGUGUAA